UACACAUCUAUCAGCCGUGAACCAAUCACGUUCGUUGAUUCCAUGGAAAGAACCAGUUAGAAUUGGGAAACCCGUUCAGUGCAUGUAACAGGUGGCGAGUUAAGGGUUUACCUCGCAAGAUAAUAAUUCUACGAAUCAUUCUUAAUGAAAGCGAGCGUACAGCUUUAACAAGAGUAAAAUCGAAUGACUGAUUAACUUGUAACGCGAAGAAAAAGCACAGCAAAGUACAUUUGAAGCGGUCAUUCUGAGGUAUGAGUUGCUCGCAGAAAAGCAGAUUGUCGCAUCAAGAUUCGGACAGCGAGGAGAUACGACGGGUAAGCCUGGAAGCACACAGCUUAGCACACGACCUCGUUAAGUAUCGUAUAGGCAAGGGAAGUCCUCCACCGACACGAAGCGCUGCAAUUUUACGGAAACUUUCCGACGAGCUCGAAGAACGUCAUGCAGGGGUUCUCGCCAACAUGUGCGGCAGAUUAAAUGUUCUAAGUGGCUCGGCGCACUCGAAAUUCGUGCAGGUUGCAGACGAGGUGUUCCGCGAUGGAGUGAACUGGGGUAGAAUUGUGGCUAUCUUUGCGUUCGGAGCGAAACUGGCGCAGUACUGUAUGGGCAACGGCUUGCAACAAGAUGUAGACCAGAUAGUCGACUGGGUUGGAAAUUAUAUUUCAAGCUUAUCAGAAUGGAUCUGUGCCCAUGGCGGUUGGGAAGCAUUUAAUCAGAUCUUUGGAGAGGCCUGCGAGGAAAGAGAGAAAACAUGGUGGAAAAAGCUCUGUCUUGCAGCAGUGGGCGUCGGUGCAAUUGCAACACUGGUCUACCAACAAUCAAGUUAACUGGCAUACCAAAAACAUCGCCGCGAUAUUUUUGCAACUUAUUCCACGGUGGUACAGUUCUUAUAGUUAACAACAGUUUGGCAAGUAUUCAAAUUUAGAGAACUGAUACUCUAAAGGGACACUUUUUAGGCAGUGAGCGGGGUUAGAGAUCUUACAAGCUGGUUCAAGCUGGUAGGAAGAGUGAUAUUUCCCGCUGUGCGAGUGAUCACGUCGUUUUGGCGGGAAAAAACACUUGGUAAGCGUCGUUAGUGAAACUAUGAGGUUUUGCAAAAAUUAGGUGGGGGUGAAAACAGUUCUUAAAUUAUACGCAAGCUUAUACCUUAACAACCACGAAACGGCAUAUCGAGUUUGUGAACUGAAACUCAGUUUCAUCGGCUACGUUGAUCUCAAAGAGUAAAAGUUACAAAAACAGAUAACACAACAGCUGAAAAAAUCGAUAAAAUAUUUAGAUAUAUCUGAUAAACUUGGAGCAUGAUUUUUAGCGAGUUUCUACUUCAAUGCGUUCAAAAGUCACUUGUUUAAAAACGAUUUAAUUGCAGAAUAGUUUAACCACUUUCUUGGAGCAAUCAGAAACAUAUAGCUUUUCUUGAUGCGAUUAUUUGUGUGGUGAGCUAGCUUUAUUUAUUAGAAGAACUUAUUCAAAAUCUAGAAAACUGAAACAAGAAAAGAAUUCCAGGGGAUAUAAAAAGCUUUAUUACCGGGCAAGAGGUAUUCUACUACGACCAAAGUUAAUUUUUUUAUACUGAACUGUUUAUAUCAAAUGUACCAGUAUUUAACCAAAGAACAUUGAGACAGGAGCCAAUCAUUAGGAGCGAGCAACUCCCAUACUAAGCGUAUCUCACGGUUUUUUUUACAGAUCGGUCUAUUUUUAGGCUUCUUUUCCCUCGAAAUACGCCAGUUCUGGUCUACACGAGCGCGCAUCGGUAAGGAACUUCAGGUAGACAUGUCGACUUAAUCUUCCGGUAGAAUGAUGACGU